UAGCAGUUCUGCAAGGUUCAUAUUUAGAUGGCUUUAAUGAGUCUAAGUCUUUUAGCCAAGAAUAACAGUAAUCACUGUGACUUAUUUAUUUUAAUGUAAUUUUUGGUUUAAUCAAUUAGCAAAUAUUAAUUUUCUCUUCUGCCUAUUUUCUUCCUUGCUGAUGAAAACAGAACUCUUCUAACUCAUAAGCAUAGUUAAGCAAAACAAAUGAUCACAUGGGCCCUAUGCAAAAUUAAUCAGAGUUAUUAACUUACUUCAUCUUAAGCAUAAUACAUUUUGCUCCAACACCUUACUUUAACUGUUGGAAUCUUGGUUUCAAAUGUAUUUCUUGUAAACAACAUAUUGUUAGAUUCUGCUUUCUAAUCCAUUUUUCUAUUCUCUUCUACUGUAUGAGUGAAUUUAUCCCAUUCAUAUGACAAUUAGAAUUAUUGAUUGUGUAUUUUCUUCUAUCCUAUUUUUUUAUACAUUUCUAAUUGUUUCCCAUAUACCCUACCCCUAUGGAGAAGGUGAAAAGAAAGGAGUAUGCUCAGCACAAUAACCUAGGUUUAGUAUAGUGUGCUUCUGUUCUCCUGUCCCAAUUCUCUUUCCUUCACAAUCCUAAGUUCUGAUUCUUUCUUUCUUUCUUUCUUUUCUUUUCCUUUUUCUUUCUGCUGAGGCAAUUGGGGUUAAGUGAUUUGCCCAGGAUCACACAGCUAGGUAGUGUUAAGCGUCUGAGACCAGAUUUGUACUCAGGUUGUCCUGACUUCAGGGCUGGUGCUCUAUUCACUGCGCCACUUAGCUGCCCCUCUUUUUUUCUUUUCAACCCUACUUACCCAGCCUCGUUUUUGUUUUCUUUAGGAUUAAUCCUUUCCUUAAAACUCUCUUUAUUCUUCCUUUUCUCUUCACUUCUUUCUUUCCUGUUAUCCUGUUGAGUGAAAUUUAUUUCUGUAUUCAAUUGUGUGUGUAUUCUUCCCUCUUUUAACUAGUUCAGAUAAAGAGUGAGGGUCAAGUGUAAACUCUCUUCCUCCAAACAUUCCCUCCUUGUUUGUAUAGUCUUCUACUCUGGCAUCCUGAUUAUAAGAUAAUUUUCCUUUUCUGUUUUCUCUCUGCCCCGCCCCCACCCCACCCCAUCCCCAUUCCUCUGCCUCUACAAUGUAUUUCUUAUCCUUUUACUUUCUUCUAGGUCAUCAAAAUAGAACAAAAUCUCUUUCAGGCUGCCUGUCUUCUAACAAUCCAUGAUCCUUGAUGAUAAUAGAGUUCUGAUGGGACAGACAUAUGAAUCAUCUCCUUACAGUAAAAUAAAGUGUUUAAUCCAUUAUGAUUGUUAACUCAUUUUAUCUUUCUACAUUUCUCUUGACUUGUUUGUAUUUUUCCUACACAUACUUGAUUUUUUCAUCAAGAAUGCUUAGAAAGUCUUCUAUUUCAUUUUCAUCCCCAUAACAUUGUUUUGUUGGGUAAAUUAGUCUUGUUUGUAUCUUUUCCCUUCUAGAACAACAAAUUCCAAGCUCUUCACUCUCUUAUAGUGGUAGCUACAAAAUUAUCCACAGUCCUAUAUGGUUCCUUCAUAGUUGAAUUAUUUCUUUCUGAUUGCUUGCAGUAAUUUUUUUUUUAAUAUGGAAAUUCUAGCUUUUGCAUAUAAUGUUCCUUGGAUUUUUCAUUUUUGGUGUUUCUUUCAUAAGGUUACCAGAGAUUCCAUUUUCACUUUGUCCUCUUCAUCUAAGAGAUCUUGAAACUUGAUCUCUAGACUCUUUUCUUUUUCUUUAGGGUUUCAGGUUUCAAUGACUCUUAAAUUAUCUCUCAUCAAUUUCUUUUCCUUUGAGCUGAGAUGUAUUACAUUUUCUCCUGUUUUUUCAAUCUUUUGACUUUGUUUUGACAUUUCUUGUUUUAUGGUGUUAUAAAUUUCUAAUUGGUCAUUCUAAUUUUCAUUUAUUGCUUAAGAUUUUGCACCUCUUGUGUGAAGCUGUUCAUUCCCCUUCUACUUCUUUGUUGUUUUUUCCCUCAUACUUCCCCAUUCUUAUUCCACUUAUAAAAACAUUUUUAAAACUUAAAAAAUAUAUUUGCUUUAUAUUCCUCAUGAAUGAGGAACUUAUGCCUAAACUGUGUUUUCCUUUGAGGCUUUUCUUGUAGAUGUUCUAGAGUCAUUAUCUUCUUUUGGAUUUAUGCCAUAAGCCUUUUGGCCACCAUAAUAUCUUUUUAUGGUAAGAUUCUUUUAUUAUUCAAUCAUUCUUUCAGCCUACUUUCUUACUUCAGACUUUGUUAGAUCCAAUUUCAUAAUUCUAGAGGAAAUGUCUGGGCUGAGUUUAUGAGCUCUUGGGUGCUGACUUUUUUGAAGUAUUGAGUUUUGGGUUGCUCUAGUAUGUCAGGGGUAGCUCAGGCUGGGGAUCUGAAUGCUCUAGAAUGCUCCUCUUUUCCCUGUCAGAGCUUGGCAAGUUUCAUUACCUGUGUUUAGAAUUUGUUUUGAUAUAUGUUCUAGAUUUUUGUGAAGGAACUGUGUUAGGCAGCUCACUGAGCUUUUUGCUGUUCCAUUUUCUCUGUUUUCAUUGUGGGGAAUAAAAUCAGGGUCAGUAAUAUUAUGGUCCCCUUAAGAAGAUCAUAGAAACUUUUUUUUUUUUAAUGCAGAGAUGAAAACAAGAAAGUGCUCUUCAGAUGAAAGUCCAAGCAGGACAGUUCCGAAAAUAAUUUGUGGAAUUUAUUAUAUAUCCAAAGAAAAGAAAACUUAUGGAAUGGAGAUUUGUUUCAUGAAGAAUCUUUUUUAUUUUUUCCCCAGAGAAAGAACUAUGAAGAGUGAAUGUGGAUAGAAGUAUACUACUUUCACUUUUUUGCCUUGCUCAGUUUUUCUCUUUUGUUGACUUUUCUUUCACAACAUGACUAAGAUGGAAAUAUGGUUAAAAUGAUUGUACUUAUAUAACCAAUAUCAGAUUGAGCUCUUGGGAAGGGAAGAGGGAGAUGAAAAUUUGGAACUCAAAAUUUUACAAAAAUGAAUGUUGAAAAUUAUCUUCUAUGUAAGUGGAAAAUUGAAAUAUUUUUUAAAAACUUUUAAAAGAUUCAUUUUUUAGGUUCUCUAUGCAUAUAUGAAAAUGCCCUAUUUUUUGUUGUUUAUAUUCAGAAUUUUAAAAAUUAAUGAUUUGACUGCUUUCGGUAGUGCUCAUGAGCUGACUUUGCCAAAAGCCCCAGUAAGUUUCCCAGAAGUCACUCGCCUCCAUGCUUUUGAACAGCUCUCCCAGGUCUUUUGAUCUGAGCACACAUAGCUUCAGACAUGAGGUGUUGCGCCCAAUUCAAUCUUGAUUAGGUAGAGAAAAAGAAAAUGACAUGUGGCUCUGAGAUAUGAACCUGAUAGAAAUCUGGGUUUUCGGCAGUCGGCCAGAUGCUUUCUAUAGGACUAAUCACAAGGUGGGCUUAUCACGACAAAGGCGAUGAAUAAAGCUUUUGUAAAGCCUCCUAGGUGAUUCCUUGGUCCCCGGACUCAUCGAGGACUUUCCUAACCCCCUGAGGGCACCGAGAGGGGAUCAGGAGAACGAGCCCGGCCGCAGGCUCCUUUCCACCGUUUUCUUACACCCGUCUGGGUCUCCGGGCCGACGUCCUGCAGAGACCGGGCGGGCUAGGGGGCCAGCGCCCAGCUGGCCGGCUUCCCUCCCGUCUCGGGCACUUGCCAUCGGAGGACCCGGGGACUUCUGCGGGUCUCAACUUCGAUAUAUUGGAUCGGAUGGCGCCAGACUCCCUUUGCUGGAGCAGCCCCGGCGCGGGUGCAGAUUAGGGACCCAGACAGAAGUGGAUUGACAGCGAGGAUUGCCAAUGUUCGCGGCGCAAGGCUUUAGGCCCUCGCGAGCCGCCGUUGAUUUCCCCGUCCAGGACGUUGCGUUGUAGCCCCGCCCCCGCUUCCGGCGCUCCCGGACGGCGCGAAAACCCAAUUGACAAGAAUCUCUGCCCGCCGAACUCGGGCUUCUCUAGCCGCUUGCACCCUCCCCCCCGCCCAGCCCCGACCCCAGCACAGCCCCGGCGCCCAGUCCUCGAGGGUCGCCCGCCGGCGGGGGGAGGGGGAGACACCCGCGCCCUCUUUGGCCUGGGGGGUCUCGCGCCCGCGCCCCUUCUGCGGGGUCUCUUCCCGCGCCCCGCGCUCCCCCUCCCCCCGGGCCCGGCCCAACCUGUCAUGGCCCCCACAUACGCUCGCUUCGGGCCCGGUCCUACCAGCUCCUGAGGGCUUGGCAGCCCAGGAGCCGAGCCGGGGGCCAUGGUCGGGGUGCUGGCCAUGGCGACAGCGGCGGCGGCCCCGCCCCGAGCGCCGGGGAAGGACUUGGACAUUCAGCCAUGCAAGAAGCAAAGGAAAGAAGAUGAUGGAAUUUCUUGUAAAACCAUUACUGAAUAUAUGUCACCAAUAAGGAAGACUGGGGACAAAGUUUUCUCUCCACCAAAAUCUAAUAACAUCUUGGAUUAUUUUAAAAGGACUUCACCCAUAAACGAAAACCCUUCUCUGCCUAAAGAGUAUAAAAUACAGUCAUCUAAACCACUGCAAGUUGACGAUAGCAAAGAAUGGAAAACACUUUUCAACAGUUCCUCCAAGUUAGAGUCUAAGUCGAAGGGAAAGAGAACUAAUUUAUCUCAACAAUUGAAUGAGAUUAAAAAAUUGGAAAAUGAGCCCAUUAUAAUUAGUAGUGAUGACAGCAGAGAGGACAUGAGCUUAAAUCAUGUUGUGGAUAAUAAUAGUGAUUCUUCUGCUCUUCUUACCCAGAAAAAUGUAGAGCCCUUCUCAGAAGGCAAAAAGCAAUCAGGCACGAUAUCUUCUCAAAAGGACAGAAAGAAAGUAAGCUCUGAACAAAAUGCUACAAAAAAUGACUGCAAAAAAUUAAGGAAAAGGAAGCACAGAGAAGAUAAAGGCCCACAAUCCAAAAAGGAGCCCCAGGACAAUAAACAAGGAACAGGAACACAAAUUGAUGAAGUUGUGGAUCUUGUAAGUGAUUCCAUUCCUGGAGUUCAUAUGUCUGAGACAGCUCAGGUUAAUGAUAAUACAGUAACUGUAUCCUAUGAAGAAUUUUUAAGGAGUCAGGAAAUAAUCACAUUGGACCACAUACAUGGACCAAAACUGUCAGCUGAUGAAGUUGAUAAAAGUGGGAACACUAGUGAUUUUGAAACAAGUGAAAAUUCUCAGCAGCUGCCCCUUAAAACAGUGACUGUUCUUGCACAAAUCCAUACUGUGCCACCAAAGCCUAUUUCAAGGAUAAAGAGUAAAAAGACUUUGAAAAUACCAUCAAUUUUCUUGAAAUGUAAGGAAAGUGAAAUUGGAAAUAAUCUUUCAGAGCCUGAAAACGAACAGACAGUUCAGAAAAGAAAAUCCAAUGUAGUUAUAGCAGAGGAAGAAUUAGAGUUAGCUGUGUUAGAUGCUGGAGGCCCUGAAGCUAUAAAGCCAAAAUGUACUGUGGAAGAAAGACAGCAAUUCAUGAAUGCUUUUAGGCAGCCUGCAUUUGAUGCUGUUAAAAGUGGAGUCAAAAAAUCCUCAGAAAGACACAAAGAUGCUCAGGAAAAGGAUGCUUCCUUGAAAGAGGAAAGGGAUAAAGAUAAUUCAGUUAAAGUAACAGAAUGUUCUAAAAUGCAGAUAGAUUCAAAUAAAGACAAUUCACAGCUUUGUGAUUUUAAAAAAAGCCCAGCCAAAGGAAAAAGUAAGAAGCUACAGAAAAAAGGUAAGAGAGUAACUGAGGAUCCUAUUAAGAAAGAAAAUACUUCGUGUGAUGUAAAUAUCAAGCAAAAUCCAAAUAGCAUCAGAAGAAGUUUGAGACGACAGAAAACAGAAGCUUUCAAAAGCACUCUCUCCCUUAGCAUUACAAAUUCUUCUGAAGAUAUCUCAGACGAUCAUCCUUUACAUGUUUCUACUCCCAAAGCCAACAGUAAAUCAAGAAAAAUCACUACACCAGAUGACAGCUUGGUAAAUGAUUUCACUCCAAAAUCUUCCCGAAAAUCUUCCCGAAAAUGCAUGGUAAUGAUUGGAGAGCCCGAUUCUGAAGUUGACAAUCCUGGAAAGGUUUCUACUAAAGCAGCCAUCCACACAUCUUUGGAACAGCAUGGCUUAUAUAUGGCGGAAUUGAUAACAGUACCGUUUGAUUCAAAGAGUCCAAUUAGGAUGAAAUUUACCAGAAUACGUUCACCCUCUAAAUCCAAGAAAAAUGAAACAGAUGAAGAUUUUACUCCCAAGAGUAGAAAGGCAAGCAAUGUUUCUAAAAACAUAUCAAAAGCAAAGCAGUUGAUUGAAAAAGCCAAGGCCAUCCAGCAGAGCAGGUCAAAGAUGAGUGAAGAGGGGUCUGCUCCUCUACGGCGAUCCUCCAGACAGCAGGUUCUUACUGAAAGGAAAAAGUUAUCAGAGAUAGACGAUUCAAUUAUAAUUAUAGAUUCAAAUCCUCCUUCCCAGGGUGCAGAGAACAAACAGAAAGAAAUUCAGUGUUUGAAUGAUGUGCUGGGAAAAAAAUUUAACAAAAAUGCUAAGAAUUUAAGUGGAAAAAUAAAAGUGGCUCCUCUAUUCCUGGCUAAAAAACCUCAGAAAACAACUGAACCUGUUGUGAUUUUUGAUGAUAACAGUCAAGAUGCAUCUGAAAACUCUCAGGAUGACGAACAAUUUAAAGCAAAACGUGAAUUUCUCAUGAGUGGCUUGCCAGAUUCAUUGAAGCGCCAUAUUGCAAAGAAAGCAGCUGCCCUAGAAGCCUACUCUGUGAUAAGUUCCUGUUUUCAGACGGUUGUUCAUGUACAGCAACGCGACAACUGGAACCAUUUGUGGAGCUUGACAUUCCCAUCAUCCUUUUUCUUAACUGAUCUUAAAGACCCGAGUACCAGCAUAACCGAUGUGACCAAAUGUGUCAUUGCCCUUGGUGAAUUCUCAGCUCUGAAUUACAGACUCAACACCAAGAAUUCUGCAAUUGUGCUGGGAGCAAGAAAAGAUUUUACAGAAGAAAUAAGGAAGAUUUUGCUGGAGGAAAUUAAGUGGUCUAAUCCUCAAUUUCCUUUAAAAAGAUUUUUUACACAAUUUUUAAAAAAGCGAACUGAGCACGUGGCACUUUCUGGAUGUCAAAGUAAACAAGGACAUUUACAAAUAAAAUCCAUUGACAGUCGAAGGGAAACCAAGAGAAAAAGAGGAGAGAGUGAAAACCACAAAUCAAAGAAAAGAAAACCAAGUGAAUGUGAUCAGGACCUAAUGAGGGAGGACUUACCUGAGGGACCCUCCCCCAGCAGAAGUGGAGGCACUGGUUCCUUGGAAGGAAUGAGGAAGUCUAGCCAAGGACAGUGUUCCAGGACCUCCAGGAAAAGGCAGGAGGCUCUAGGAAGUAUGCCACAUAAGGAGGAAGUGAACCUCGUCCAGGAUUCUGAUGUGAUCAUAGAUGUAGAUAAGAAAUUUCCAUCAGAGGGAACAUCUAGCUCUGAUUCUGGAGUUGAGGACAUGCUCUGGACAGAAAAAUACCAACCUCAGGCCUCUACUGAACUUAUAGACAAUGAAUUAGCAAUUCAGAAGUUACACAGUUGGUUGAAAGAUUGGAAAAGAAGAGCUGAAUUGGAAGAAAAAGGAAAUCAAAAAGUCAGAAGUGAUGACAAAGAACAAGAUCUCUCAUUUAGCAUGGACUUUAAGGAUACUUCUGAUGAUGAGGAAGAGAAUUCUCUUUGUAACACUGUUCUUAUCACGGGGCCACCAGGAGUGGGGAAGACUGCUGCAGUAUACGCAUGUGCUCAAGAGCUUGGCUUUAAGAUAUUUGAAGUUAAUGCUUCUUCGCAACGCAGUGGUAGACAAAUUCUUUCCCAACUCAAAGAAGCUACUCAGUCUCAUCAAGUUGACAAACAAGGUGUAAAUUCACAUAAGCCUUGUUUCUUUAACAACUACAGCGUAGGCAGAUCACCAAAAAAAUUAAGUUCACCUAAGAAAAUUCUUGCAUCACCAAGGAAACCUCCACUUUCACCAAGAGUUGCAAAGCGGGGGCUCCCUCCCAGAACUUUGGCAAAUUAUUUUAAAGUAUCUUCCAAACAAAGUAAUGAUGAAGUGAUGAAAUACCAGAAGAACAAUAAAGAAAUUAUUUCUUCUGAAGAGAAACAAGACACUCAAACAAAAUCAACAAACAUCUCCACCUCAAAUGUCAAGGAAUUAGAGGAAUCCAACCGGAAAAAUGCCACAUCUCUCAUUCUUUUUGAGGAGGUCGAUGUGAUAUUUGAUGAAGAUGCUGGAUUUCUAAAUGCAAUCAAGACCUUCAUGGCAACAACCAAAAGGCCUGUGAUACUUACUACAAGUGAUCCAACGUUUAGCUUAACAUUUGAUGGAUGCUUUGAGGAAAUCAACUUUAAAACUCCUUCCUUGCUAAACGUUGCCAGCUAUCUACAAACACUCUGUUUGGCAGAAAAUUUAAGAACUGACUUAAAAGACUUAGUCACCUUGCUGACUAUUAAUAAUUGUGAUAUCAGAAGAAGCAUUCUCUAUUUACAAUUCUGGGUUAGAAGUGGAGGUGGAUUCUUAAAAGAAAAACCGUUAUCACUUCAUGGAGAGAAUGCCAAACUUGUUUACUCUCAAGAUGGUGCUCAUCCUAAAAACCGUUCCCACGCUCCUCAGCAGGAUCCUGCCAACCUUCCGAAGUGUGACACUGGCUUUGCAGAGAGUCUGCUUGGCAUGAAGAAUAUAGUCCUUUCAUCUGAAGAUUUGUUUUCCUUUAUAAAGCAUAAACUCACAACACAGGAAGAAUGGAAUAAACUCAUUCAGCUCCUCACCGAAUUCCAAAAACAGAAUGUUGAUUUUUUAUAUAGUAAUCUUGAAUUCAUUCUGCCAUUGCCAGUUCACAUCAUCCCAGAGUCAAAAGAUCUUUGUAUUUUGCCUGAAACUUCAUAUGCUUCCCCAGCAAGGAAGAAUGAGAAUCACCUGAAUGCUGAGCGUUCUGAAGAAGACCCUUCUUUAGUAAAGGCCAAGAAAGUUAAGCGUCAGAAGAAGAUGGUCACAUUGGAUGAUAGCGACUUGUUUGACACUGCUUUGAAUUAUUCUGAUGAAGAUAUUAGUUUGCCCUCAGCUGUUCCACCCUCAAGCUCAGAAGAGAGUAGCUCUGCCCUCAAACCGAGUGCAAAAGGGAAGAGUAAGAAAACCUUAGAAUCUGACGUGAUGUUUGUGUCUCUUCCUCCUAAAACUCUCAGACAACAAAAAUGUCCUCUUGCUUCUCACUGUUUAAAUUCACUGACUGAAUUUAUGGAUGAUAUGUCUUUCUUAGAUUCCCUUUUACCUAAUCAAAGGGAACAAAAAGAGUUUGGUAAAAACGAAGACUUUAACUGGACAAAUGGCAGGGUCAAGAAUGGCCUUUGUGAUGAGUUUAGACAAGAAUCUCGUGAUGGCCAGACUUGCCAAGGCUUGGAAGAGCUGAAGGCAGUUGUGGAAGCACUCAGUUUUACCAAGUGCUCUUCCACUAUUUCAAAAGUUUUGGAAACCUCUUUGGACUCUUGCAAGAAGUUAGGAAAAGAUCCAACCAGAGACCUCACUUUGUACAUUUCAGAACAAAGAAAUAAUGUAUACUUCAGUCAGUCUGCUGCAGAUGUAGACAAAGCACAGAAGAGGUUGGCAGUCGUAAAAGCUGUAUUUUCUGGUAAAUCUCUUUUAAACCUGGGGAGUAGCAGACAGGCCAGCCUUGCAGAGUAUUUACCGACCCUCCGAUGCAUCUGUAGGAUGGAGAAGUUAAAAGAGCAAGAAAAGAAUAAGAGAAGAUUCCUGCACUAUUUUGAAGGAAUUCAUCUCGACAUACCCAAAGACACUGUGAGCAGUUUGGCAGCUGACUUCCCCUAGUUUUCUAUGCUAAUGGUGCCAUGUACAGUAAAAGAUACUCGUUACAUUUGAAUAUUUCAUAGAUUUUUCUGUGUCAUUAAAUUUCUUCUUCAUGUACAGUAAAAAUAGACUUUGUAUAUUUUAUAUUUGUGUGCAAGUAUUUAAAGAUAACCAAAAGUCCGGCUUACACAUUGUAUAUUUGGUUGUGAUACCUCUGCUAUAGGCUAAUAUUUUUGUGCUCUUCUCUUGUCUAUUUUGACCCUUUUAUUUUUUUUAAACUUUGUUUUUCUGUGAAAGGAAUAAGUUAUUUCUCCUGGAAAUAACUGGAGUGUAGAUUUAAUGGCUAUAUGUCUAGAGAUAUUUGUGUUUCAAGUUAUUCUCAAAUAUUUUCUCCCUCACUGCCUCCCUGUUCCACUGACAUGAUCAGGACUUUUAAAAAUUUAAUAAUGAACUUCAAUAAGAGAAGAAUUUCUUCCAAAAUAAAUUUUUGCAAAAUUCACUCCCACUUAUGUUGCUAAUUUAAAUCUUUUAGAAUCACUUAUGACAUAUUUUGAAGAGAAUUUAAUUUUAAGAGUCAAGGAAAAUGACUUUAAUGAAGUUUUUCCUAUUGUAUUGAUAUUUAGCAAUAUUCUACCAUUGGAUUAUCUAGACAGUGGAGUUUUAUAAAUAUUUCUCUACUAUCAUCUUAUGUGUUGCUUUAUUUUGUCAACCUACAAGUUGCUUUGUACAUUUUUCUAUCUUUUUCUACCUUUGAUGUGUUAUAUUUCAUAAAGAUUUUAACAAAAUUUCAGAUGACUGAACAUUUUAUAUAUCUUCAUGAUUAAUUGAAUUUGGUCAUAUUUGGAUGAAUUAUUCUUGGUCAGUCUUUCUGUAUCUUGAGAUGACUGAAUUCCUGUAUUUUUCCAUAUAACUGUUAAGGUAUUUCCUUUUAAGAUUUUGCUUUCUGAUUAAAGAGAGAAAAUGUAAUUAAAUGAUUUAAAAUAUGGUCAAGUUUUACUUGAAAUUACUUUGCAAAUGAUUUAACCAACUCUACUUUUAAAUGGAUCGUAAAUUAGAAUUACCUUUUCUAUUUUCCCUCUUAAAUAAAAAUGCCUUCAUUAAUCA